UCUAUCUAGUAAAUGUAUAUUCUUUUCACUCGAUUUUAUCUACUUGCCCACACUAUUACAUUUCUUUCUGAUUUCAGUCAGACAACUGAAUGGUCGUUUGGUUGUGAUCUGUGUAUAGAGAUACAAUGACGUCCAAAGUAUCGCGUGAUACUCUUUAUGAAUGUGUGAAUGCUGUCCUCCAACACUCACAAGACAAAAAAAGGAAAUUCUUAGAAACAGUGGAGCUCCAAAUUGGAUUGAAGAAUUAUGAUCCACAAAAGGACAAACGUUUCUCAGGCACCGUCAAAUUAAAAAAUAUUCCAAGACCAAAAAUGCAAGUUUGUGUUUUGGGAGAUCAACAACAUUGUGAUGAAGCUAAAGCUAACAAUAUUCCAUAUAUGGAUGCAGAAGCAUUGAAAAAAUUGAAUAAAAAUAAAAAGCUUGUAAAAAAAUUAGCCAAAAAAUAUGAUGCUUUCUUAGCUAGUGAAUCUUUAAUUAAGCAAAUUCCACGUAUUCUUGGUCCUGGUCUAAAUAAAGCUGGUAAAUUCCCUGGUCUUCUUUCUCAUCAAGAAUCAAUGGUAGGAAAAAUUGAUGAGGUGAAAGCUACAAUUAAAUUUCAAAUGAAAAAGGUAUUAUGUUUGUCAGUAGCUGUAGGACAUGUGGAAAUGACUCCAGAUGAACUAGUACAAAAUGUACAUCUUUCAAUUAAUUUUUUAGUUUCAUUAUUAAAAAAACAUUGGCAAAAUGUACGUUCUCUUCACAUUAAAUCUUCAAUGGGACCUCCUCAAAGAUUGUAUUAAUGUAAUUGGUAUGAAUAAUAUUUCUCAUGCAUAAUGAAAAAAUAAAAUGAGAAUAAAAAUGUAA